AUGGAUUCCUCUAGGUAUCUUGGUAGGUAUGGUGGUGGUGGUGGACGAGUAGUGGCCCCAACCAGGUGGGUUGAUUCUGCAACCAUCCGUUCAGAAAUAUUCAGAAAUGGGUGGCCUCCUCCAGGUAGGUGGAUUUCGCCUAGCGGCGAAAUCCUUCAAGAUGGGAAAUUGAACUAUCUUGAAGGAGCUAUGCUCCUUGGGCUAUAUAUCAUAAUCGCUCUUGCGUUCCUGGUAUACCCCGACGAUGCAACUGGUGACAAGCAAAGCAACCCCGAAAACGUGAAUAUCGUAGCCCGUUCCUUCUGGGCUGUAGCCAGUUCAGCUGGUUUAAGCUCCUAA